AGGGCCUGUGCGGAGGGUGUGGCUGCGGAGGGCGUGGUUUCGGCUUUGGGGCGGAGCCUCCAGGCUUGGGGCGGGGCCUGGCGCCCGGCGGUGCGGGGCGCGUCCCGGUGGCGGGGGUGGGAGCGGCGGGGCCGGGCCGAGCUGAGCCGAACCAAGCCAAGCCAGUGGGUUCCGAGCGGGACCCUCCCGCCGCCCGGCUGCUGUUGACAAGCGGCGGCGGGAGGCAGCCCGGCGGCAAUCGUCUCCAUGUGGCGGACGCUGGCCCUCGCCUCCGCCUUCUUCCCGGGGCUCUUCGUCCUUUGCAUCCGGUUACUGCGCUGGGCCGCCCCGGGAUGGAGCCUCAAGGACCGCAUCCUCCUCAGCGGCAGGUUGGUGUCAACAGUCCAAGCCACGAUGGCGACAGUGUCAGGCAUCAUGGUUGUCCUUAACUGCAAGGAUGUGGUUCAUGACAGGCACUGGCUGGCCGUGGAGUACAUCUGGGUCCUCGUUCCCUACAUGACCUAUGACAUUUACGUCAUGUACCUCUGCCACUGGCACAAGAGCCAGGAGAGGGGAGUCGCAGAGAAGAAGCACUCACUGGCCAGCAUGUGGAGUUUCCUCCUGCAGGAGCGGCUGAUGGUGACCCACCACCUCUUCAUCCUCAUCGUGCUCACUCCCAUCACCCAGCACUUCAGGGGAGAGCUGGGGGACUUCUUCGUGGGCUGCAUCUUCAUAGCAGAGCUGAGCACUCCUUUUGUAUCGCUGGGCAAAAUCCUCAUGCAGCUCAAAAUGCAGGACAGCCUCCUGCACAAGGUGAACGGUAUCCUGGUCCUGGUGACCUUCUUCCUCUGCCGUAUUCUCCUCUUCCCCUUCAUGUACGCGGCCUACGGCAGGCAGGUGGGGAUCCCCGUUUACAUGGUGCCUUUCCGCAUCCCCCUGCACUGCAACAUCGCCAACGCCUCCCUCAUUGCCCCCCAGCUCUACUGGUUCAGGCUCAUCUGCCGGAAAGCCGCCCGCCUCUAUGGCGGCUCGCCCGCCGCCAAGGGCAGAUAGCUGCCUGCCAGCAGCAGCUCAGCGCGGGGGCUGGAAAAGGCUCAGCAACCCCCAGCCCUUCAACCUUCACUGCAGGGACCAGUGUGGGAGCAGAGCACUGGACGCAGAGCAAUACCGCGGGGCUGCUGCUGCUGGAGGCAGCCGUGCCCUCUCCACCGCCGUGCCAGGCAGCACCAGUCUGGGCUAGCAAGGCUUCGUUCCCAUGCUGCUCCAGUGCCUUGUGGCCUCCCACCCGUGGGAGCCAGAGAAGGAGCAACCUUUAAGCUCAACACUUCUGGGAUUCAGCGCUGCAGCAUCAGACUCGAGGUUACAUGAGAGGGCUUUGUUACACCCCUACUCCACAUCUUUCAAGGCUGACACCAGACACCGGCACCACGUGGCAUGGAGGUGACGCUGCAGUGUGUCCAGCCCCAGUGGAGGGCCAUGUGCCAGAUCUGCUGCUGCCCCAGCUCACCCCUCUGGCUCCAGCUGAGCGCAGAGCCAGGCCUGGGGGCUACAGCAGUGGUCUGCAGAGCCUGUUCCUGACCUGACUUCCACAUCCCAGCCACAUUCAGCCUCUUACCUCCCACUGCUGCUGGGAUCAAAUUCAUUUACUCCACUUAACCCAAAGGUGCUGUUCACUACAACUGUCUGGUAUCUGUAGCUGACAGUCCCAGGGGAGGAUGGCUCCAGUGUUCCCAGCAGGCUGGAGGGGAGAAAAGCUCACACCAGGACAGAAAAAGUUAUACUGUCUUAGAGCAAUGCUGGCAGGGCAGAGCCAGGGCAGGGAUGGGGACAGGAGACUGCUAAAUCCUCAUCUCACCAACACACAGAUCACCAUGCAGAGCCCUUCCUUGGCAAGAGGACAACUUUCAAUCCUGUCUCCUAACCACAGGUGCUUUUAUCUGCCCUGCACCUCCAUGAUGGGUAUUUAAAAUACCUGAUACAGCCUGAGCUCUGAUCCUACAUUCCAUCCCUCCUGCCCCAUCCCACUUCUACAUGAGUUGAGGUCUGCCAGGGAGGGAACUGGGGCAGUGCACGAGGAAGCAGCAAACCCUGAGAUGGAUUCUCAGCUGUGUCCUUCACUAGUUCAGUCCAGUCACAGCAAAGGGCUCACAAGCCUUGCAGGUGUGUUCAAGUCAGCCAGCAGUGGCUUGAUUCCUUCCCUGCAGCUCCCAUGCUUGCUCCAGGACAGGUACUACACCAGUGUGACCCCAGCAACCCCCAUGGCUGGAGACCUGUAGCCAUUUUGUGCCUUUGAUCCUGUCUAAAAACAACAGCUCAGCUCUGGCAGACCCUGCUGGAGUUCUUUUGGGUAUUGGAUCUCAUCCCAGCCACAGCCAUGUUCUGGAAGGAGUAAAGCAAAGGGCCUCUUCCAAUACAGGGUUGGUUAUUGCACAAACACAACUGUCACACUAACGACCAAGACCAGCUCAUGUCAAAAACUGCUUGCAACCCGUUCCAGAUGUUUGUAUCUUGCUGUUUCCGCUGCAAAUAAUGUGCCUUAGGUAUGGACACACACACAGAGCCAGCCAGGCACCUCGGUUUGCACUAACACUGCCUUAGUUACUAUCAGGAGACCAAUAAAGAUUUCUUUUGAGUCACACCAUGA